UGUCUUCCUCUCUGUCGACCCUGCAACUUUUGGUCUACAUUUUGCCAUGGAAGAAGUGGAACUUACCGACUCCAAUAGGCCUUGGGACCAAAACCCAGCUCCUGAAAUGGAAGAGCCAUCCAAAUCAAACACAAAGAAGAGCGUUUCGUUCCUUGGCCUCUUUGCUGCCGCUGAUAGAAUUGACUAUGUGUUGAUGUUUUUUGGAAGUGUUGGGGCGUGCAUCCACGGAGCUGCACUUCCUCUCUUCUUUAUUUUGUUCGGUCGCAUGAUUGAUUCUUUGGGACAUCUAUCCAAGGAUCCUCACAAAUUGUCUUCGCGGGUUUCCGAGUAUUCUCUGUACUUAAUUUAUCUUGGGCUCAUUGUUUUGGCAUCAGCGUGGAUAGGAGUGGCACUAUGGAUGCAAACUGGAGAGAGGCAGACUGCUCGUUUGAGGCUGAAGUAUCUUCAGUCAGUUUUAAAGAAGGAUAUCAAUUUUUUUGACAUUGAAGCCAGAGAUACAAAUAUUAUUUACCACAUUUCCAGUGAUGCUAUACUAGUGCAAGAUGCAAUAGGUGACAAGACAGGCCAUGUUUUGCGUUACCUUUCUCAGUUCAUUGUUGGAUUUGCCAUUGGAUUUACAUCGGUAUGGCAGCUUUCACUUCUCACCUUGGCUGUUGUUCCAUUGAUAGCUUUCGCAGGGGGAGCUUAUACUACUAUCAUGUCUACCUUAUCAGAAAAAGGUGAGGCUGCUUAUGCUAAAGCUGGAAAGGUUGCAGAAGAGGUUAUUUCGCAGGUUCGGACUGUGUACUCGUUUGUAGGAGAGGACAAAGCAGUUGAAGCAUACUCUACCUCACUUAAUAAAGCCCUUCAACUGGGGAAGAAGAGCGGAUUCGCAAAAGGAGUUGGUGUAGGCUUCACAUAUGGACUUUUAUUUUGUGCGUGGGCAUUGCUUCUUUGGUAUGCCUGCAUACUUGUCAGGCAUCGGGACACCAAUGGAGGGAAGGCUUUCACAACAAUUAUCAAUGUCAUCUUCAGUGGAUUUGCUCUAGGGCAAGCUGCUCCAAACCUAGCUGCCAUUGCCAAAGGCCGCGCUGCUGCUGCCAAUAUCAUAAGCAUGAUUGAAACAGAUUCCAAAUCUUCUGAAACAUCGGAUGCUGGACUAGUGUUGCCAGAAAUAGCUGGUCGAAUUGACUUUUGUGAGGUCUGUUUCGCUUAUCCUUCACGACCCAAUUUGGUUUUCAAUGAGUUGAGCUUUUCGAUUAGCGCCGGGAAGACCUUUGCAGUAGUUGGUCCAAGUGGCUCAGGAAAGAGCACUAUAAUUUCCAUGGUUCAACGUUUCUAUGAACCCACUUCAGGUAAAAUACUGUUGGAUGGACAUGAACUUAAGAGUCUCGAGUUAAAAUGGUUGAGGGGACAGAUGGGAUUGGUUAGCCAAGAACCAGCAUUAUUCGGCACAACCAUAGCUAGCAAUAUUCUGUUUGGUAAACAUCAGGCAGACAUGGAUCAGGUCAUACAAGCUGCCGAAGCUGCAAAUGCACAUUCUUUCAUUCAAGAAUUACCCGAUGGUUAUAAUACUCACGUUGGAGAGGGUGGAACUCAUCUUUCAGGAGGGCAAAAACAGAGAAUUGCUAUUGCAAGAGCAGUACUGAGAAACCCAAAGAUAUUACUUCUAGAUGAGGCCACCAGUGCUCUUGAUGCAAAAUCAGAACUCAUAGUUCAGCAGGCACUGGAUAAAAUAAAAUCCAAUCGGACUACAAUCAUCGUUGCGCAUCGGCUAUCCACUAUACGAGAUGUUGAUACGAUCGUAAUGUUGAAGAAUGGUCAGGUUGUUGAAAGUGGGACGCACUUGGAAUUGAUAUCCAAGAAUGGUGAGUAUGCGAAUCUGGUGAGCUUGCAGGUAUCAGAACACGUAAAAGAUUCUAGCACAAUAUCUCCCUCUGGAAGUCCAAGGAAUUCCAGCCUUCGAGAACUCCUCCAUAGUCAGAACAACAUGCUUCAGCAGGAAUUGCAGCCAAGUCAUGAUCAAAACUUGUCCCCUACAAAAGUACCCAGCACUCCAUCGAUUCGGGAACUAAUAAAACUGAAUGCGCCUGAGUGGCCCUAUGCCGUACUUGGCUCAGUGGGUGCCGUUCUGGCUGGCAUGGAAGCUCCUCUGUUUGCCUUUGGAAUCACUCAUAUCUUGACUGCAUUUUAUUCUCCUGAUGCUUCUCAAAUGGAACAUGAAGUUCAACGAGUAGCUCUUUUUUUUGUUGGAGCAGGAGUUGUUACAAUUCCUAUAUAUCUGUUGCAACACUACUUCUAUACAUUGAUGGGAGAGCGUCUCACCACUCGUGUUCGCUUAUUAAUGUUCUCAGCUAUUCUUUCCAACGAAGUUAGCUGGUUUGAUCUGGACGAGAAUAAUACGGGCAGACUCACGUCAAUUUUAGCAGCAGAUGCAACUUUGGUAAGAAGUUCGCUUGCUGACCGUCUAUCAACAAUCGUGCAGAACGUAGCGCUCACUGUGACUGCAUUCGUAAUUGCCUUCAUGUUAAGCUGGCGCAUAGCUUCUGUUGUCGUUGCCUCCUUCCCCCUACUUAUUGGAGCUUCUAUUACUGAGCAACUAUUCCUCAAGGGAUUGGGAGGAGACUACAGUCGUGCCUACUCUAGAGCAACUGCCGUGGCCCGGGAAGCGAUUGCCAAUAUACGUACUGUUGCUGCAUUUGGUGCUGAAGACAGGAUCUCAAUGCAGUUUGCUUCUGAACUAAACCAACCAAAGAAGCAAGCAUUUGUACGAGGCCAUAUAUCGGGUUUUGGCUAUGCUAUUUCGCAGUUCUUUGCAUACUGUUCUUAUGCACUUGGCCUUUGGUAUGCAUCAAUUCUAAUAAAGCAUAAAGAUUCAAAUUUCGGAGACAUCAUGAAGUCUUUCAUGGUUCUGAUAAUCACUGCGUUGGCAAUAGCAGAAACACUUGCUCUUGCACCUGACAUUGUGAAAGGGUCCCAGGCACUUGGAUCGGUUUUCAGUAUUCUACAAAGGAAAACAGCUAUGGUCCCCGAUGAUCCCACCUCAAAGACUGUAACUCAUGUCAAAGGGAAUAUAGAAUUCAGCAACGUGUGCUUUAAGUACCCAGCAAGGCCUGAUAUCACCAUUUUUGAGGAUUUGAACUUGAAAGUCUCGUCAGGAAAGAGUCUUGCUGUAGUUGGCCCAAGUGGGUCAGGGAAGAGUACUGUGAUUGCGCUAGUAAUGAGAUUUUACGACCCCACUUUUGGGGCAGUUUUAAUUGAUGGGUAUGAUAUCAAACGGUUGAACUUGAGAUCAUUAAGGCUAAAAAUAGGUUUGGUUCAGCAAGAGCCAGCAUUGUUUUCUACGACAAUCUAUGACAACAUCAAGUAUGGGAGAGAGGAGGCAUCAGAAAUUGAGGUAAUGAAGGCAGCAAAAGCAGCAAGGGCCCAUGAAUUCAUUAGUAGAAUGCCCGAAGGUUACAGAACUCAAGUUGGUGAGAAAGGAGUGCAGUUAUCAGGUGGCCAAAAACAGAGGGUGGCAAUUGCUAGGGCAAUGUUGAAAGAUCCGUCCAUUCUUCUUUUGGAUGAAGCAACAAGUGCAUUGGACACAAUAUCUGAGAAGCUGGUUCAAGAGGCUCUUAACAAGCUCAUGGAAGGGCGAACAACAAUCCUGGUAGCACACAGGUUGUCAACUAUCCGUGAUGCAGACAGUAUUGCUGUGCUGCAAAAUGGGAGGGUAAUUGAGAUCGGCAGCCAUGAGCAACUCAGUAGUAAACCAGGUAGUGUCUAUAGACAACUAGUCAGCCUACAACAGGAAAACAAUGUACAAGUGCUUGAUUGAUUCAUCUCCCAGAUCACAAACUUGUGCAUAACCUUAAAGCAUGAAGCAUAUAAAUGAAUAUGCUGUUUUUUCAGGGAUUUUCUGAGAAACAGUUGAUGAUGCAA